CUCAACCCUGGACAUUGUGUCAUGUGUCAAAAACUUAAUUUUAUCUCCAAGUUCGCAGUGUUUUGAUAAAUAAAUUGAGGAAAACGAUUUUUCCUUUCAUUUCUAAAGAAUGUUACGAAAUGGAAUUCACAGAUGUGGAAUCUACAGAUUGAAUUGUCGUUUGCAGCAUUCACGCAGUAAAAGUUUAGACGACAUUCGCGAACGAUUAUCGAGUGGUCCAAAUUUCCAAGAUUUUGUUCAAAAUCCGGAUACUUCAAACGAUGAAUGGAAAGACUAUGAUGGCAAAUUGAAACGGGAAAAAGGCGAAAACGAGCGACUUCGACUACCGCCAUGGUUGAAAACAGAAAUUCCGAUCGGAGAAAAUUUUUCGAAAAUUAAAAAGCAGCUCAGGGACCUGAAAUUGGCCACAGUCUGCGAGGAGGCACGUUGUCCGAAUAUCGGUGAAUGCUGGGGAGGUGGAGAGCAUGGUACACAGACAGCAACGAUAAUGCUUAUGGGAGAUACAUGUACACGAGGAUGUCGUUUUUGUUCGGUAAAAACAGCCCGUAAUCCACCACCACUUGAUGCAAACGAACCAAAACAUACAGCGACAGCUAUUGCGUCAUGGGGACUCGAUUACAUUGUACUCACGUCAGUUGACCGAGAUGAUUUACCGGAUGGUGGGUCUAAACACAUUGCUGAGUGCAUCAGGGAAAUUAAAUUGAAGAAUCCAAAGAUUUUUGUCGAAUGCCUAGCGCCAGAUUUCCGUGGUGACAUCGAGUGUGUUAAAACGAUCGCCACAUCCGGAUUGGAUGUGUACGCUCAUAAUAUUGAAACUGUGGAAAAACUAACUCCGUUCGUGCGAGAUCGACGAGCCAAUUAUCGGCAAACAUUGGCGGUGCUGAAAGAGGCGAAGAACAUCAAUCCGAAAUUGGUCACAAAAUCGUCAAUAAUGUUGGGGCUCGGUGAAACGGACGCCGAAGUCGAACAAACUCUGCAGGAUCUUCGAUCGGUUGGAGUGGAUUGUCUGACAUUAGGUCAAUAUAUGCAGCCAACGAAAAGGCAUCUGAAAGUCAUUGAAUAUGUGACACCGGAAAAGUUCAAACAUUGGGAGAAUCGUGGGCAAGAGUUAGGUUUUCUUUAUACGGCAAGUGGGCCGUUGGUGCGUAGUUCGUACAAGGCAGGUGAGUUCUUCAUAACUAGCAUACUGAAGAGUAGAAACGAACGAUAAGUUUAACUGUACGUUCCGUAGAUCUGUUGUUAAAAUGAAUUUAUUUAUGAGAAUAUCAAUGUUGAGAUAAAACCACAAC